AUGCAGGUGUUUGUGGAAAGAAGGCCACACUGGUGUACACGUCUCCAGAGGACAAGUGGAAAUCAAAAGGACGCCCAUUCCUCCAUUGCCUCUUCAGGACCAGAAGGGUUGAGGGGUCUCCCCUUCCCUCAGGUGCUGGUUUCCACCCAAGAUUAUUCCCGAGGCCCUGGGCUGUCAAUAUCCCAGCUCUCUGUGCCUCCAGUGAGCUGCUCCUCCAAAACCCCAUCGCAGCCAUCUGGAGGGGCUCUGCCAUCCCAGUCCUCGGAGGCUCUGAGGCAGCUGCAGGAGGAUAACCCCCGUGGAGCCAUCACCCACUUGGAGUCCAACCUCAGCUACAGCUCGCUGGCCCAGGAAUCUCCCACCGCAGAUCAGCUCCAGGAGCUGCCCUUCACACCAGUGCACGUGCCCAUCAUGGCCCUGGGGCCGCACUCAGAAAGUCCUAGCACUGGCCUUACGCGGGCCGCUCUCGCCCGCUUGCGUGCAUCGGGAUUCCCUCAGCUCCUGGACUGCAACAAGGAGCCUGUCCAAAUUGUGGACCCUGUGGACCCUGUGAACUUCAUCCCACAGCGGGAAGAAGCUGACCUCCUGCAGAACAAUGAAAUCAUCCUGCAGUUUCUUGCAUUUACCAGGGCUGCAGAGGACAGGACAGCCUUGGAGACGUGGCCCAAAACCAUCUAUUUCACCUUCCAGUUCUACCGCUUCCCUCCAGUCACAACUCCUCGAUUGCAGCUGGUCAAUGUAGAUACCUCGAAGGCAGCUCCAUUCAUUUCAUCUUCUCACAUCUUGAUGCAAAUCAAGGAAGAUGGGACCCUGAACCUUGGUAAGGCCUGAGGGGAACAGAUGGGC